UUAAGUUGAUAUUGGCCCCUGGAGACUAUUAGACACGUUGAUGCAAGUCUUUUUGGCUCCUAAAUGCCCAAGUUGUUUGUCAUUGGCUUUUUCUGGGGUUCUUGUUCAAUUCCCUUGCUUGUCUCCCUUUAAUAAGUGUGGUGAAUAUCAGCCUUGACAAAGUUAGCCAGUUGCUAGUCCAGACCAUAGAAUCUCAGUAUUAUCAUUCUGGUUUAUAUAGUAGCAUGAAUAGACAAUAGUUCUUUAUUCCUUGAAUUUGAAUUGCAGCAGCCUUCUUUGGAAAUUGCAGUUUCCAAAAUAUUGUUUUUCAAAUAAUUUUUUCCUUAUUAACAGAUGGUAUACAAAGAUGCAAAAUUAAAGUAUCUAUUUGGUUUGGCUGAAUCCAUUGGGAGGUUACUUUAAAAUUUGCCACCUCCCGUUGACCUAUUUACUUUUUUAAGCAGAUGCUGGGCUGAGCCAAUACUCCUUACUUGAUUGUGUACUAGAUACUAUGUGAGAUACUUAUCUGGGCUUAGUUUUCGGGGCAACCCUUUUUCUCGGGAUAACCCAUAAGAGGAGAAUAAAAUGUAGCUGGUCUUACUCUUUUUUUUUUUUUGUUGCUAUCAUGUUUGUUGUUCUCCUCGGAAAAGGAAAAAGCACAGAUGACCGGGCCAGGAGCGGCUGUCCGUCAAAAAUAUAGGACCUUGAAGAGGAUCAGAUUAACUUUCACCAAGGGAAAGGAUUAAAUCGACUGCUUUGCUCCUGCCUGCAGCGUAAAGUGAAAGUUGGUUGGUGGAAAUCGGUUAAAAAGUAAGAAAGAAGAAGGCGACGCUGCAGGGCAGCGGCGGAAGCCAUCGUGGUGGUCGUCGACGGGAAGUGAGGUUUUCUGAGGAAGUAAUCGAGCACUCGACCCCGAAGACUACGCCGAGUCCGCAAGGCUUUGCGAUGUCGGGAAGACGGCUUACCAGAAAGGCUGCGAAAGAUGAAAAAGAGGUGGCGGCGGCGGCGGCGGCGGCAGAAGAGGAAGAAGAACGUAGCAUGGGGUUCCAACCGGAAUGGCUGGCCGAGAAGGAAGGAAGGACCGAGCAGCAGCAGCAGCUCAGAGAGGAGCAACUACCUGGAUCUUUCAAAGAAGAAUGUUCCUCAAGUGAAGCCAAAAACAGAGUGUCCAACAAAAAAUUUAAUGGCAAAAUGCAAAUACAGACAGAAAAUACUAACAUCAAAAUGUCAGGUGUCAUUCUCACUCGACCGCCUAUUAGGAUUUCAAGAGACGGUAAUCCUCCUUCUCUGCCUGUAACUCCUGAGCUGAAUAGAUCUUUGAAAGAUUCUUUUUCAGAUUCAUGGCAGAAUUUGGAAGAAUUAAAGCACAGAAAACAAGCAAAGGCUGACAUAAUAUUAGGGGAUCAUAGAAUCACAAAGCGUGAGAAGCUCAGUGCUGUACAGAAGAAGGAUCUACAAACUACUUUAAAAAUUUCUAAACCUGAAAGAAGAUACUCACUUACAGCAAUUGUGAUAUUCGUUGCAACUUGCAUUGCUGCUGGUGGGUGGUAUAUAUUUUGGCAUUCAUCAAUCCAUGCUUCGGAAAUUGAUUAUAAAGUUCUACAAACAUUUAAAAACCAAAUGAAAGAGCUCAGGAACACCUAUCCAAGUCAAGAUGCAAUAGUGUGGAACAGAAUCCAAGGUACUUUUGAGAAACGUCUAAAUUCUUCUUACCCUCAUUUGGAACCAGCUAUUUUAUUACUCGCUGCUUCAAAAGAAGCUGAAGAUGUGUUGAAGUGUUUAAGCAACCAGAUUGCUGAUGCUUUCUCAUCUUCUCAAGGUGCGCUUACAAUUAAAAUUGAUGGGGCCAGCACAAGAGCUCAAGAUAGUGACGCCGUCAAACUUUCUGUUGAUAAAAAGCUAAGCUCUGGUUUUGAGAAUGGUAACAAAGCAGCGGUAGUCCAUCGGUUUGACUCAUUACCUGCAGGUUCCACCCUGAUUUUUUACAAGUACUGUGAUCAUGAAAAUGCAGCGUUUAAAGAUGUGGCUUUACUAUUAACCGUUCUUCUGGAUGGGGAGUCCCUAAACAAGAGCUUUUCCUUGUUGGAAGUUGAGGAGAGAGUGAAAGAUUUUCUCUGGGCUAAAUUUACUAACUCAGACACACCAAAGUCUUAUAACUACAUGGACACAGACAAGUUGAGUGGCUUGUGGAGUCGCAUAGCCCAUCUAGUCUUACCUGUAUGGCCAGAAAAUUCGUUCCCUCGAGAGAAAUGCUUGCAGAUGAAAUAAGAAGAGGGAGCAAGAAGAAAACACAUUGCAACACGAUAUGUAUUGUAUAAAUCUGUGAAUGUUUAUAUAGUGAGAAAAUGGCAAUUUACUAAUCAGAAUUACUGAAGUUAUAGGUGAUUCAAUAUCAGAAUAAGAUUUCUCCUUUAUAAGGAAGCUGAUAAUCUAUAAAGAACUUUUAGACCUUUAACACAAUUCUAGUGGUUUAUUGGAAAUCAAGUUUCUAUAUACUGAGGGGGGGAGAAAUCUUGUUGUUCAGGCCCACCCAACUUUGUGUAAUAUGAAUUUUUUUUAAAGCAUCAAAAUCCUUACUGUGAUUGUGGGCAACAAGGUAAGAAAUUAUAGUACUAGAUUCCGUCUUUCUGCUUGAAGUUUAAUGGACUGCAAACUUGAAGUUGAGACCACGUUUUCCUAUAGUCUAAGACUUAAUUCUGUCUUACUCCAUUUCUCAAAACUGCAUUAAAAAAAAUCUUGUAACUGU